AUGGCAUCGACGCAUGGACUCCCAGAGUUCAGCCUGAAGAACAAAGUGGUGCUGGUGUCUGGCGCUGCUCGAGGUCUUGGUCUUACACAAGCAGAAGCAUUGCUAGAGGCUGGAGCACGAGUAUACGCUCUGGACAGACUGCCCGAACCCUCACCCGACUUUCACACCAUCGCAGAACGAGCCAAAAAUGAGCUGGGGACAUCACUCGAAUACCGACAGAUCGAUGUGCGAGAAGUGAAGGAUCUCCAUAAGAUCGUCGAAGAUAUCGCAGAUAAAGAGGGCAGGAUGGACGGCCUGAUCGCGGCUGCUGGCAUACAGCAAGAGACUCCAGCGCUCGAAUACACUGCUGAGGAUGCGAAUCGCAUGUUCGAAGUUAACAUCACGGGUGUGAUGAUGACUGCUCAAGCGGUCGCAAAGCAGAUGAUUAGGUUUGGCAGUGGUGGAAGUCUGGUGUUCAUCGCCAGUAUGUCUGGCACUGUUGCCAACAGGGGUCUGAUCUGCUCAGCUUACAACACAUCAAAGGCUGGAGUGAUUCAGCUCGCUCGAAAUCUGGCAUCUGAAUGGGGUCAGUACAAUAUUAGAGUCAACAGCAUCUCACCAGGGUAUAUCGUUACACAGAUGGUGGAGGAGCUGUUCAAGCAAUAUCCAGAUCGGCGAGAGGAGUGGCCAAAGCAAAACAUGCUAGGUCGUCUUUCGGCUCCUAAGGAGUACAGGGGCGCUGCAGUAUUCUUGAUUAGCGAUGCUAGUUCGUUCAUGACAGGGUCAGAUCUGAGGAUAGAUGGUGGCCAUUGUGCGUGGUAGACGAAUGAUAAACGAUACCAUGAACAAGAAAUUUGUGCAAUUUCAA